AUGGUCAUGCCGCCAAAGUUCGAGCCCUUCACCACUCUAUUGCUGAAAGUGCAGGAAUUCCUCGACGAUAACCGGGAGUACCGGGUCCUCAACGCCCAGACACUGGAUGUCAGAUAUAAAAGCGUACCGGCGCCCGCGCUCACCAAAAACACCAACAACUCCCAGGCCAAGGAUCGCCACUCUAUCAGCACCAACACCGACACCUGUCACCCAAACGCCGUCCAAACCUUACGAAACGACGACCCAAUCGGCGUAACCCCUGAUUUGUUAACUCCUGACGACUUGACUGAAGUGAAGGAGGACAGGGAUCACAACGAGUCAGUCCACGAGCAGCCACAGCACCUGGUGUUCAACCGCAAACAGCCGGUGCGCAACUUCGAGUCCCAUUACAUACGUAUAAUGUAUGACCACAAUCUCCAUGGCCCGCUAUACACGUGCAAACGGCACCUGGAAUUUUUCAUGGAGCGGGACGAGUGGCGGGCACCGGGAGUCGAACACCGGUGGACCUAUCUGUGCGCUGAAACCAUACCGGUGCUCGCCAAGGAUGAGGACGAAAUAGCCGACAAAAUCGACGUGACCCUGUUUACCACCAAACACACAUUGCUACAAAUGCCCAGGGUGUAUUACGCGGUGAGACUGUAUUUCGAUACCCGGGUCGAGUUUGUGGGCCCGCCCUAUGGCACCGGUAGCACCAAGAGGUCGCUCCUGAAGUCCUUUAGUUUGCGGUCUAAUAGCGACAGACAGUCACUGAAACGCGAUUGGUUUGAGAGGCGCACCCACUCCGAGGUGUCGGCCUAUCGGGCGAAUAGUAUGGACGAGGAGGCGAAGACAGCACCGGUAGCUCCCGAUGUGGCUAAGGAUAAGGAUAAGAGGGGUAUGGAGUUUUUGGUGGGGAUAGGGGUUUGGGCACAGGAAUAUUCUGUGUGUGAUGAUAGCCAGGAAUCGGUGUCCAAAAUGGCCUAUCGUUUUAUGCAACAGAAUAUCGAAAAGCGAUACAUUGAUAGGCAAUUAAAAAUUGAUGACAUUAUUGUGUUUGAUGAGGACCUACCCCCGCGAAGGGACUGUAGGUUAACAUUUGUGGACUUCGCACCCGUACUUAAGGUGGGUCUAGUGGACAGAAUUGGAUCAUGGUCACUGAUGACAUCGCCUAAUGACAUUUCAUUAUUAUCCGUUCAAUACACAAAACUCGUGGACUUCGCAAACAAGUGGCUAAAGGACCGGCAGUUUUGGGAUGUGGUCUGUUGCGAGACUGUCAACGCUAUACUAGUCAUAAACGUAAGCCAAAGCGGGGCUAUAAUCGGCAAACGGAUAUGCAAGGAGUUCAAAACGAAUGAGCAAGGUCCCGUAUUCGGGUGCAACACACACCCGGUCAAAAUGCUCAGGGUAUGGAUCAAACCCGUGGACAGUCGCGAGUACAACGAGAAGGUGCGACCGAUUGUACCGCAGAUACAGUUUCGCGACUUUGAGCCCCGGAUUCUGGACUCAAGUAAUAAUAGGUUUGAGAGCAUCGAUGAGGUGGUGGCGCGACUUAACGGUGCCAUUAAUGCCGAAGAGAUUACGGGAAAGAUAUUGAAUGUCCAGACACUGGCCUGUAGUGCCACUCAGGACUGGAAGGUCGACCCCCAGUCCACUCAGAGUAUGAUAUGGAAGGGAAAGAUGGUAUACGUGUUGAGGGUUUUCUAUGUGUUGGGACCCAUACAUGAGGAGGAGGUAGGGUUGGCUGACUUUGUGCCCCAAUGUCUAGGAGGGGAGGAGUUGUUUAAGAGACCAAAGUUUGAGUCCCAGUCCUGUCUAUUACGGAAGGCCUCGAAAUGGUUGUCCGAAAAUCCGGAGAUUAACUUUUGUAGUGCGAUGUCAUUGGAUGUGAAUCAUAAUGGCUGGACUCCCAUUGACACCAAAAAGAUGUCUGCCCGUGGGGGCGGGGACUUCAUACGCAUAUUACGCAUAAUGUAUACCAAACCCCGGGAAGUGCCCGAAGAUAUACCCAUAAGCCUGACACUCCCACCGCCUCCACCCAUAUAUCUCGAGCACCGGACGUUUGUUUUACAUAAGGACUACUCGGAAAUCAAGCGCGCGAUCAAUGACUUCGUGGGAAGGGAUGAGUGGCUGACAUCGCAAACCCAAUUCAAGUGGCAUCUCAUGAGCUGCCAAACGGUUCCCGUGUUUGCCAACAAUGGUCUCAAGACAUCGUUGGAGUCAAACAGCGAUCAGUCCUUUCAGGCCCUCCUGUCCUCCAACCUAACCCUCAGUCGUAGGGAAUAUUUUGCGCUUAGACUCUAUUAUGAUGUCGGAUACUAUGGUGUUGAUCAUACUCAGGGUCAAAGGUCAACGGCUACAAAUAGCCAGGACACUGAGCUGGUAGACUUUGCAAAUAAAUGGCUAUUGGACAGGGAGCACUGGGAUGUAAUCAGUUGCGAGACUGUCGGUGCUAUCAUACAAAUCCAACUCAACGAUUACGGGUUCAUUGAGCGGAAAAGGGUACUGACCACAUACACCAUACCUGAUACAUACAACGAGGGAGUUCACCUAACAGGUCUACUUACCUAUAAAGUACCGGUAAAUUUAUACGUCAAGAUGUUGAGGCUAUGGGUACGACCUUUUGAUACCCGCGAGUACAACGAGAAGGUGCGACCGAUUGUACCGCAGAUACAGUUCCGGGACUUUGAGCCCCGGAUUCUGGAUUCAAAAAGUAAUAGGUUUGAGAGCAUCGAUGAGGUGGUGGCGCGACUUAACGGUGCCAUUAAUGCUGAAGAGAUUACGGGAAAGAUAUUGAAUGUCCAGACACUGGCCUGUAGUGCCACUCAGGACUGGCAGAUAGACUCCCAGUGCACUCAAUCCACGCCAUGGAUAGGAAAGACUGUAUUUGUGUUACGAGUGUUUUGGACGAUAGGGCCGAUACAGGACGAGGAGGUAGGGUUGGCUGACUUUGUGCCCCAGUGUCUG